CAGAUAGGCUAAUCAUAAAAAGUAAUAGAUCUAGACAUAAAAGUAAAUAGAUCUAGAAUCAAGAUCAUAGAUUCAUCUAGUCUAGAUGUAGAAUAGAUCUAGAUUCUAGAUCUAAUCUAAAAAAAAUCUAGAUCGAGAUUAUCUAUCUAUCUUUAAUUAGUAGUAUCUAUAGACUAUUGUCACUAUAGAUUCGAAUCUUUUCUAUCGAUACCACAAUCAAAAUGUCACUGUGACAAUCCAAAUUUUACAUUGACUUUGGUGAGAAAGUUACACAAACACACAGAUGGCUAAGUAUGGAAGCUUUACAUUCAUCAUGCUCAUGCUACUAGGUCUUCAGAAAACUUCUGCUCAGUUCAGUGAUGACUCAUCAUGGCUCAACCCAGCUCCUGGGAGACAGAACUAUAUACACACUUUGACUCAUGCCGUUGCCAGGGCUAGGCAUGCUGGGAGCUUUGAACAAAACAACUUGUCAUCGGUAGUAGGGGAAGUCCUUGCUGAUUUCAGUGUUCUUCAAACUGAGCUUCUAGCUCUUAGACACGAGACAAAACCUGACCAGAUCUUGAAGUAUUCAGGUCUUAUCAAAGACAUAUUGUCUGUGACAAACUCGGCUUGUGCUAAUGAUACCGGCAGACUUGUCAUGAGUUUGUUUAACAAAAAAGAUAGAUGGUCGUUACAGUUUCUAGAUGCCAAUGGAAAGCCUGGGGCUGGCCUGAUGCUUUUACAUGUGAACUUUGUUGGUGAUUAUAAACAGUGCAGGAAUGCUCAGGCACCGUCUAACACAUCAAUUGGCCUGAAAGGAUUCAAGGGAAACUACUGCGCCUUAAUGGCAAAGCCUCCCGGUGAUAUACCUUUCGGCCUUGCAGUAGGUACCUGCCUGCCAGACACUUGUACUGAAGCAGAUCUGACCGUGCUGACAGAACAGCUUAUAAGAAAAUUUAUGAAUGGAACUCUGGUAGCCACUCAAGCCAAGUGUCACAGUGAUGAGAGACCAAUGACAACAGCUACAGUUGUAGCCAUAACAGUGUUAUGUUUGAUUUUGGCUAUGGUGCUUUCUGGGACUGUCAUCGACAUUGUCUAUGUCCAGUGUCCUAAGUGGAAGAAAGAGAUAGAAGAUGCUGAUAUGCUGACCAACACCAACCGUGUAGGAUCUUUGUAUGGUGCAGUGGGGUCAGGCGAAGGGCUGCUUGGACACAAUGAUGUGGAUGAGACUGCCUUGCUAAUUGUGAAACCAACUCCUACUUUGGGCUUGUUGGGGAAAAUAUUUGUAUCAUUUUCAGUCUACACUAAUGCAUCCAAAGUUUUAAACACGUCUCAGCCACCAGGCUCUCUUGGUGCUGUCCAUGGAAUACGAUUUCUGAGUAUGUCUUGGGUCAUGCUGUGUCAUACCUUUGCCUUCGGAGCCUUUUUCUUCAGAAAUCUUGAGAUGUUUGAGACACUGUUAAAUCGAUGGACAUUCACAGUGAUAGCCAACGGUUUUGCAUCAGUAGAUACUUUCUUUACUCUUAGUGGACUACUGACAGCAUACUUGACCUACCAGAUGACUCAGAAAUAUGGGUGGAGGAUCAACUGGCUCUUGUUCUACUUUCACAGAAUUUGGAGAUUGACCCCUCCCUACAUGCUGAUCUUGCUCAUGGUCCUGGGCUUUCAGCAAUAUUUUGGCUCUGGAGCUCUGUGGGAUGAAAUCCAGCCUGCAGACAGAGACAACUGUAAUGAGUACUGGUGGUCUAAUUUACUCUAUGUCAACAACUUAAUCAGUGCUAGUAAAAUGUGUUUUGUUCACUCUUGGUACUUAUCCAAUGACAUGCAGUUCUUUUUCAUCAGUCCACUGUUGAUCAUACCAUUCUGUUUUAAACGUGUUUAUGGUGUGCUUGCGUGUAUGAUUUUCCUUGCUGCAACCAUCAUCACCACAGCUGUUCUCUCUGUUCACAAGGCAUGGCCAGUCACGUUGGUAUCUUUGCGGACUACUUCUCUCAUGGGUAGCUGGUUUGAGGACUACUACAUUAAACCUUGGUGCAGACUAGGACCGUACGUCAUAGGGGUUCUCACAGGUGUCAUGCUGGCACAUUAUAAAAGGAUUCACAUGCCAAAGUUUGUUGUCAUCCUUGGGUGGAUUCUGGCCACUGCCAUUGGAUUAGCAGUUGUAUAUGGUAUCAAUGGUGACCUGACAGGAGACAACCCCAGCUCUUUGGGUGCAGCAGCCUUCUACAACUCUGUCUCCAGAACAGCUUGGGCAGUCUGUGUGUGCUGGGUCAUAGUGGCCUGUACAUCUGGCUAUGGAGGCCUUGUGAACAGCCUUCUGUCCUGGUCUCCCUUUGUGGUGCUGGGCAGACUGACCUUUGUGGCCUACCUCAUCCACCCCUGUGUGUUCUCUGUGUAUUACCAAAACAGGGAUCAGCUGUUUCAGAUAACAGACACAAGUAUUGCUGUGACCUUCUGUGGCUUGCUGGUCUGCACCUACCUGGUGUCAUUUAUACUGAUGCUUCUGUUUGAGUCUCCUAUGAUUGGGCUGGAGCGGGUUUUACUCAGGAGGAAACACAAGGAGUAGAUGAAAACAGCUAUCCUGCAAUGUGCCUUUCAGAGUGACAGGAGAUUGAUAAGUACAUACAGUCAGAUUAUGGGGCAGCCUUGUUACCUUGUCGUCAAAAUGUUGUUUUUCUUUUCUUUAAAAGUCAAACAUUCAUCUCAAUCAGAUUCAUGUUCUCAAAUCAUUUUUAUGAAAAUAUGAAAGUUAAAAAUGUAUUUUUAAGAUACAUGUAUGUACUUAUAUACUUCAUUAUUAAUUAUAAUCUCUAGUGAAUUAAGAAAAAUAUCUGUAGUCUUAUAAAUUAUUUGCGUCUCAAAGUAUUGACUUUUGAACAGCACUGAAAUAAAUUUGUUUUAUUGUAUUUUGAAAGCAAUAAAUUAAUCACUCAAAUAGCAACUCCUGUGUAAAAUUAAAGUAUAAAUCAGUAUUUAAAAAUCUAUUUCUCAAGAAUGUAUUCUUCAGUUGAGCCUACUUGCCAGUAGUUGAAUUUAGUUUAGUCAAAUCAAAUUGAUAUGAUGGUGACUUCUGCCCUUUUAGUUGCUUUUCAUAAUUUAACUUGUGGAGGCUAGACCCAUUUUUUUUUAUUGCUCUGUGAUAAGAAAUUAGUUAAAUUUCACUUGAUGAUAUUUUGGACUAAAUUGUUUUGUUUUGUUCUGCUCAUACCAAAGCUUUUAAUUUUAAGUGUGUAAUUUUUAACCUAUUUUAAAUUUACCAUUGCAAAAAAAAACAACUAUGCUUUUAGGUAGUUUUUUUUUUUGCUUUUUAAAAUAGUAAUUGAAUGAUUUUGGUUACUACAUGAAACAUUCAGUAAUCUUGUUGUAGAAUCUUAUUACAAGUUUUUGUAUGCUUUCAUUCUUGAUUUUUUGACCAAUUUUACCUUAGAAACCUUUUUUUUUAAUUUUUCUGUACAAUAACUAACUUCUAAAUUUUUUAAGUCACAUAGAAUCUAAUCCCUAAAUAGUUUCUUACUAUUUUUGAAGAAUCAUUUUCAUUUCUAAAGGAGUCUUUUUUUUUAAAAAUCAUUUGCUUGCAUGAUAGGCUUACAUUCUUGUGUCUUUGCUAACUUUGAGUAAAGAAGCUAUGAAAUUAAGAGCUUAGAAUAAAUAUGGUAGUUUCAAUUCUGUCUUUUAUCAUUUCUAUAUUUGUACACCUCUUUUGUAAUCUUUUAGCUCAUUCUUGGUGAUUUGACUGUCCAUCAUUGCAUUGAAUACUUACACAAGUUACAUGUCACAUUCAAUACUUACAUGAGUUACAUGUCAAUUGUUCUCUCGAUGACUUGGCUUGCCUUAAUAUUUAUAUUGAUUAUUUACUCAGAGCUCAAAGUAUAGAAACUGUUCUCCCAAAGUAUAUUUAUAUAUAACACUGAAAUAUUUUACUGUUCACAUAAUGAACUAGUCAGAUAGUGAGUUCCAAUGAAAAUGGUUUACAUUUUAUGUUUGUCUUUUUUUAAAUGCUUUUAACAGUAACUUACAAUAGCUAACAGUGAUAGGGCGUCGAGGCUGAAGUUAAAGAGGUUGGGUUCAAAUCCUGACAAUAGCGGGAUCUUGAACUUAGGAAAAUUUUGGAUGCCUCUCAGUCCAGCCAACUCUAAUGGGAAAAUGACAUUUGUUAAAGUAACAGUGUAGGCUACUUGACACCUUCUAUAACAAUAGAGAAACAGAUGACUGAGAUGAGCUUUACAUCAUCUGUCCCCCAUGGAUUACAAAGUUUGAAAGGGAAACUUAACCUAUUUUUUACUCACAAAGUAACUUAUACUGAGAGUAAAUUUAGUUGGACUAUUUUUUUUUCCUAUUGUUUUUUUUUUUUAACUCAUAAUAAUCUUACUGGUCAGUUUGUUUACAUUUGUUAUGAUCAAUGCAAGUUCAUGUAUUCUGUAAUUCAUUUUACAUUAAGAAAGCAUUUUACUUUUUUGCUAGACUACUUUUUUUUUAAAUUGCUGUGGAUAAACAUUUUUGUUACAAAUAUUUAUAUCGACUGAAUAGCCAAAUUUUUGUCAGCAAUAAUUCUCCACAAAUGAGAAAAAAAUUAUCACAGUGAAAAAUUUCUGUCACAAAAAGCAAUUUAUACUAGGCCAAGUUUUUAAUUGUGACAGACACUGUAAGAUGAGAUGAAGUACAGGAUGGUUAACGUAUUGUUGUGGACCUUGUGUGUUGGAAACUGAUGAACUUUUGAUUUAUAUUUAUUGAAAAUUUCAGAUUGGUCAUAACUGUAAUCACUCACAAUUCUCUUGUUUAAACUUGAUUUUCUUACCCAGUGACAAGUGGCAUUCCUGUGAUUGGUUUAUAUUAUUGAACAUUGUGCUCUGUUUUUUUCUGUUGUUUUUUUUUGAUGAGCUAUUCAAAGACGUAAUGCCGAUCUGUUUCUGUCUUAUACACAUAAAAACAAUUUCUCAUUUAGAGCUGUGAGAAGUCUCAGACUCUCAAACAAAGUGAAACAUCUCUACAACUUCUUUCUUCAUCUCCACAAAAUUCUCUUUUUUUUUACCAUUUUUUUUUUUUUAAUUUUUGGUUAUAAAAAGUGUAAUUGUACUUUUCUAAAGUCAUACUUUUUAUUUUUGCUUGCUUCUAACUUUGCCAGGAGAGCUGAGAAAACCUGAACAAUUGGUCCUGGUAUAUAACAUUUUCCUUUCUCUCUAUGGGGCACAUUUUAUAAAACAAUUAUUGAAGAUUUCAGGAUUUAUUUAAAAGAUCUUAUUUGACUUAUGUCAAAAGCAUUUUGGCUAUAUUAUGAUCCCUGUUAACUCACUGCUAAAAUUUAAAAACAAAAGUGCGUGCUGGCCUGCUGUAUAAAUUGAAUUCUCAAUAUAUUUAAUAAAAGCAAUUUGUAUUCCCUUUAUAUCAAUUAACAUUUGCCCUAGGAUUUUAAUUUUGGGUAUUUGGUGUUGCUGCCAUGAAUUAUACCCCCUGUUCACCUAGUCCCAUGAUAUAUACAUAUAGGAAAUAAAUGGCUACUUUAUUUUAGACCAACACUGGCCCGGAUAGCCAAGGGCAAGGACAUCAGCAGCAGAAGAGAAACCAGAGGCCAGUACUUUUCUUGCUGCUGUUACUAGCUAUAGAGUGAAAGGGGAAGCCAGACACUAACCCUAACCCAAUGCUCUGCUAUUUAUUGAUAUUAUUUUGUGUGAGAAAUGUUUUUCUUGGGGAAGUUCCCUAAACACAUGAACAAAGAGGAUGAAACUGAGCAUUCUAAACCAUUCCAAGUCCAAGUGUUUCUCAUUGGUACCGUACUAACACACACAAUGGAGGUAAACAGACAACUUUGUUAUUUAUUUUUGUUCAGUGAUUGUAACUUUACACUACAACCAAAAAUACUUUAUACAAUUUAUCUAUACAGUUUUACAUUACAACCAAAUGUUGCACUUUUACUAGGGGAAUGGCCUAUUUACGGAUGUAAGACCCCAACUACUUGAACAACUUUUUCCCCUUUUGUGAAGUUUGUUGUACAGUACGUUAUAGUUCUAAAAUAUAUGUAAAUAUAGAGCUGGUUUUUUUUUAUUUCAAAACUUUUUCAUGCUUUUAAAUUGAAACAGUACUUUCUUAUGUAUAGAUAGACAGCAUUUCUGUCAGUUUUUAGAAUAUUUAAAAAAAUAUUUUUGAAAGAUUUAUUGUCUAUGAACUAUUGGAUUCUAACAAAUGUUGGCUUGUUUGUAGCGGCAUGUGUUUGUAGUGGCAUGUGUUUGUGGUGGCAUGUGUUUGUAGUGGCAUGUUUGUCUCAGCUCACAUUCUUUACACAUUCAUUGACAUUUUUAUUUUUGCUCAAAUUCUAACUUUCUAUAUUUACCAGUAUUUUAUUAACGCAUGUAUCUGUUGUUAUAUUGUCUAUAACUUCUAAAUAAUUUAUUCAAAUCACUUUGUAAAGGUCUAAGGUAUAUUAAAAUAGGAAUACAUUCUAUAUAAAAAAUGUUGUGCUGACUGUUUUGAUAUCUUAUCUUUAUGAAAUUUUUAUUAACUAUUUUGUUAAAAUAAUAAACAAUAAUUUUAAAAUGGUGUUUCACUAGUGAUUUACCAUCAGUGAUUUUCCACCAUCUGAAAAGGUCAGUAGUUUCUUAUUGAUGAAUUAGAUAAGUUUAUUAUUUCACUUGCCAGUUAAUCACAGAUUUGAUUUUUUAAAUUUGUUCUUUAUUUUAAGAUUUAUAUUUAUUUCAUGUGUGUGGUCGGCUCUAGGUCUUUAUAUUUUUGUAAAAAAACAACUUCAGUCCUGUGCCAAACAGUGGACUUUUUAGAAUUGAUUUUUACUGUGAAAUGUUGUUUUUAUUGUCACAGUGUUUCAGCAUUGCAGUGGUUCCCAAAAUAAGAAGUAAAGUGCCAAAAUAUUGUAUUUUGCUAUAUUUACAAAGCAGACGUGAGUGGUUAUACGACAUGGGCAAGACAACCAUCUAUUGGGCAAAGCUAUAACCAAUGAGAAUUCUGGGAACCACUGAUGCCUUGUGUUUGCUCAAGAAAUGUAAUUAGAUUCUUUAGAAAUAGCUGGCUAAGUGGAAAUAUUUAUUUUCGUUUUGUUUUUAAAUGCAGUUUUUUGAUAAAAUUAUGCCUCUAGGACCAACUCAUUUCUAAAAAAUCUCUCUCCCUAGUUUUAAACAGCUGUAGGUGUGGAUUGCUGUGUGCCACUAGACACUCUUGUCUAUACAUGAAUUUUCGAGUUAUAUGUUAUUCUUAGCUUUUACUACUAUUUUUUAAAAAUAAAAUUGUGACUUGCCAACUAUAAGUGUUUUUGGCACAUUUUUGUUUGGUUCUAUGUAAUUAAGGCUGACAAAGCUGUGUUUUUUAUGUUUAAAUUUCAUGUUAAUCAGUGACUUUUAUCUUGAUCUCUUCAGACCAUAAGGAAAGAUUAAGUCUGCAGUUUAAAACGUUAUUAAAUCCUUCAGUCACAAGGGAGCUAAUAGAUAGUCGAAAAUUGUGUUCAUGUCAACAAGUAAGCCUUAGCCAUUUCUCCUGGCUUGAAAAUGUAGGCAUGCAUUGAAUCUUGCAUUCUUUUUGUCUCAAUAAUGUUACAAAGCAUUAGGGCAAGGAGCUUCAGUUUUCCAGGUUGUAAGGUGCUCCUUUAGGGCAUUGUUAAUUUUUGGACAUUUUUGUCUUCUCUGUAUAGAACCCUGACCAGUCUCCUUCUCUUGGGCUGACAACAUUAUAAAUAAAUGUUUUGGCCUGCCACAGUUAGACACUCUUUGUUAGAUGUUUUCUAGGAUAUUCUUUGUUAGAUUGUUGUAGUACUCUCCCUGUCAGAUGUCAUGUAGGACUUUCCUUGUCAUUAUGUCCUGUAGGGCAUACUCAACCAACACAAUGGGGAAGUAAUGUUGAGACAGAUGAAGACAGCUUCCUGAUGCAUUUACCUGAUUCUAAAAACGGACUAUGGACAUGCUAUCCUGUUUUAAUAGAGACUGUUGAUACAGGACUAUAAUGUUUUAUUUUUAAUGGCUGCAAUAGAGGCGAUCACUGGCAUGUGCUUUUCAGACAGGCAUUAGCUUCAGGUGUGACAGAUGUGUACAAAAUUUAGGUCACAGUUGGGUCUUCCAAGCCCCUACACUCCCACCACCUAAAAAAAAAAGCGGCAAUGUGUCUUGUAGACCAACCCUUAUCUUUUUGAAUGAAGAUGUUUGAACAUGUUUAGAACUGUUGACACACGUUUAUGUGGGUCUGUUAUUUUUUUUUUUUCUGAAUCCUGGGUAGAGUUGGAUUGUAAUAGUUGUCAUUUUUUUUUAUGGUCACUGUCUAUAUUUGGGACAAUGAAUCUGGCAUUAAAAAUUGCAUCUGGUCACUUUAUCCUAUAGACUUUGUCAUCUCACGUCUUAUCUAAUUCGACAUAGGUCUACUUCAACAGUAACACUCAUGUCUAACAUUGAGGUCUGCACGUCUCUAGCAUAGAACUGUUUAUUACUACUGAUAGUUUCUGUUUGUAAUGUUUCUUUAAGAAAUGUUUCACUUUGCUGUAGAGAAGAAAAAUAAAGAUUUUACUUU